AGAUCCAAAUCUCACCAACAGGGAUUUUUCGUCGCCUUCAGAACCCGUUGCCUGGACUUCCGCUUCAAGCUUUACCCAAACCCAACUCAACACCGAGCAAAACUACGCCGUUUCACUUCCCUUCCUCUCAGCUCCGCCUUGGACUCUCUCUCACUCACUCAAACAAACUCAAUGCUCUAAUCAGUGUUUGGUUGCUGAGAAAAUUGAGGUAUAAUAAUUGGAGUCGCUUCGUGAUGGACGAGGAAAAUGCGGUGGAGCUUUUACAGCGGUUUCGCCGCGACAGGCGCCUACUUCUUGAUUUUAUACUUGCGGGUAGCUUGAUUAAGAAGGUUAUAAUGCCUCCCGGUGCGGUUACGCUGGAUGAUGUGGAUCUAGACCAAGUCAGUGUUGAUUAUGUGCUCAACUGUGCUAAGAAAGGUGGAAUGCUUGAACUUUCGGAAGCUAUUAGAGACUACCAUGACCAUACUGGGUUGCCCCAAAUGAACAAUACAGGUUCUGCUGGCGAGUUCUUUUUGGUUACGAAUCCUGACUUUUCUGGUUCUCCUCCAAAAAGGGCACCGCCUCCUGUUCCUGAGUUUGUGCCGCCUCCUGUUAUCAUGCCGCCUCCUGUUAUCAUGCCGCCUCCUGGUGUCAUAUCAUCUGUUCCUGACCUUGACUCAUCCCUGGAUGCAUUAAGUGUGUCAAAAUCAGAAUCUUUUAACUCUACACAAGUUCAGGAACUUACGGUAGAUGAUAUUGAAGAUUUUGAGGAUGAUGAUAUUGAUGAGGCUGAUAGUCUCCUCAUUUCACGAAGGACACGAAAUGAUGCUGCUGAUCUUGCUCUUGGAUUGCCUUCUUUUAAGACAGCUAUCACAGAAGAUGGUCUCCGUGAAACUGCAUAUGAAGUCCUUUUAGCAUGUGCUGGUGCUUCAGGGGGUCUCAUUGUGCCUUCAAAAGAGAAAAAGAAAGACAAAAGGUCCAAGCUGAUGAGGAAACUUGGACGAAGUAGAAAUGAAAAUGCUUUGAGCCAGUCUCAACGAGCCCCUGGACUGGUUGGGUUAUUGGAGACCAUGCGUGUCCAAAUGGAGAUAUCUGAGGCAAUGGACAUCAGGACUAGACAAGGGCUGCUUAAUGCCCUAGCAGGAAAAGUAGGAAAAAGAAUGGAUACCAUACUAGUUCCUCUGGAACUUUUAUGUUGUAUUUCACGAACGGAAUUCUCUGACAAGAAGGCGUAUAUACGGUGGCAGAAUAGGCAGUUGAAUAUUUUGGAGGAGGGGCUUCUUAACUUCCCUGCUGUUGGAUUUGGGGAGUCUGGACGCAAGGCGAGUGAGUUUAGGAUUCUUUUAGCAAAGAUUGAAGAAUCUGAGUCUCUUCCACCAUCCACGGGUGAACUCCAAAGAACAGAAUGCUUGAGAACUCUUCGAGAGAUUGCUACUCCACUUGCUGAGAGGCCUGCUCGUGGUGACUUAACUGGUGAAGUAUGCCACUGGGCAGAUGGUUAUCACUUGAACGUUAGACUGUAUGAGAAACUGCUGAGCAGUGUCUUUGAUAUGUUGGAUGAGGGAAAGCUGACUGAGGAAGUGGAAGAAAUACUCGAGCUAUUGAAGUCGACAUGGCGUGUUUUAGGAAUCACGGAGACCAUUCAUUACACCUGCUAUGCAUGGGUCUUGUUCCGUCAGCAUGUUAUUACUAGCGAGCAAGGAAUUUUACAACAUGCCAUUGAACAGUUAAAGAAAAUACCAUUGAAGGAACAACGGGGACCACAGGAGAGGUCACACUUGAAGAGUUUGCAUUGUAGAGUUGAAGGUGAUCAGGGGUACCAAGAUUUAUCUUUCUUACAGUCAUUCUUGUUGCCAAUUCAGAAGUGGGCUGAUAAGCAAUUAGGAGACUACCAUCUGCACUUUGCCGAGGUGCCAGGUCUGAUGGAGAAUAUAGUAGCAGUUGCGAUGAUUGCUCGGAGGCUUCUGCUGGAGGAACCUGAAGCAGCAAUGCUGCAAUCUACCUCCAGCACAGAUCGAGAUCAGAUAGAAUUAUAUAUAUCAUCUUCUAUUAAGAACGCAUUUACAAGGAUCUUACAUUCUGUUGAAAAAUCAGACUUAAAGCAUGAACAUCCUUUGGCAUUGCUUGCGGAAGAGACGAAGAAACUUUUGAAAAAAGAUGCAACCAUGUUCAUGCCAAUUUUAUCCCAGAGGCAUCCACAAGCAACUGCUGUCUCAGCCUCACUCCUUCAUCGGAUUUAUGGCAACAAGUUGAAACCUUUUCUUGGUGCUGCUGAACAUCUGACGGAAGAUGUAGUAUCUGUAUUUCCGGCAGCUGACAACCUUGAGCAAUACAUUAUGGAACUUAUUACGUCCACUUGUGGAGAGGAAACUGCAAAUGUAUACUGUAGGAAAAUAGCUCCAUACGAGAUUGAAUCUAUAUCUGGAACAUUGGUGAUGCGUUGGGUCAAUUCGCAACUUGGGAGGAUCUUAGGUUGGGUUGAACGGGCUAUUCAGCAAGAGAGGUGGGACCCAAUAUCGCCUCAACAGCGGCAUGGGAGUUCAAUCGUUGAAGUAUUUAGGAUUGUGGAGGAGACUGUUGACCAAUUUUUUGAUCUCAAGGUUCCAAUGAGGCCUACAGAAUUGAGUGGUUUGUUUCGUGGGGUUGACAAUGCAUUUCAGGUGUUUGCUAAUCGUGUCAUUGACAAGUUGGCUACCAAGGAGGAUUUAAUUCCACCAGUGCCCAUUCUUACAAGAUACAGGAAGGAAGUUGGAAUAAAGGCUUUUGUAAAGAAGGAACUAUUUGAUCCUAGGCUGCCUGAUGAGAGAAGGUCUACUGAAAUUAAUUUUAGAACGACUCCAACCCUUUGUGUUCAGUUAAACACACUUCAUUAUGCAAUCAGUCAGCUGAAUAAGUUGGAAGAUAGCAUUUGGGAGCGAUGGACGAAGAAGCAGCCCCGCCAAAAACUUAUCAAGAAAUCCAUGGACGAGAAGUCAAAAAGUUUCACCCAAAAGGACACGUUUGAUGGCAGUAGAAAAGAUAUAAAUGCUGCUAUAGAUCGAAUUUGCGAGUUCACUGGAACUAAGAUUAUCUUCUGGGAUUUGAGGGAACCAAUUAUUGACAAUUUAUAUAAACCAAGUGUUUCUCUUUCAAGAUUUGAAGCAGUGUACGAACCACUUGAUACGGAACUUAGUCAACUAUGUGCUAUAAUUGUGGAACCACUCAGGGAUCGCAUUGUGACAAGUCUUCUUCAAGCAACACUGGAUGGUUUACUCCGUGUUCUAUUAGAUGGUGGCCCUUCACGAAUUUUCUCUGUGGGAGAUGCAAAGCUAUUAGAAGAAGAUUUGGAGGUCCUCAAGGAGUUUUUCAUCUCUGGAGGAGAUGGGCUUCCGCGAGGAGUUGUUGAGAAUCAGGUAGCACGUGUUCGGGAUGUAGUAAAGUUACACAGCUACGAGACUCGAGAACUGAUCGACGACUUGAAGUCUUCUGGUGGCCUGGAAAUGCAGGGUGGUAGAAGCAAGCUAGGGGCUGAUUCUAAGACCCUUUUGAGAGUAUUAUGUCACAGAGGUGAUUCAGAGGCCUCUCAAUUCCUCAAGAAACAGUACAAGAUACCCAAGUCCUCGGCGUAGGGGUUAUCUUUGCUCUUCAGAAAAUUCCUCUAUGGAAAUGUAAAGCUUAAUUCAUUGUUUUUAUCUUUGUUUGUGUAAGUUAUGUACAUGUAAUACGAGCUAUGCUACGUCUUAAAUCUGUAUUUUUUCGGAUUCGUA